GGUAGUUGCGCAUGCGCCGUGGACAUCACCGCAGACGCACAUUCCCCGCUUUUCGUCCCCGCAGCCUCUAUUAUUGCCAACGUGCAGUAAGAAGCGAGCCACUUGCGGCUCUGUAAUUGUCUUAACGCUUGAACACGUGCAUAUAUUCUUACUGGUGUUUCAUGAGGAGCAGCAAGCGGACACCAAAAUUCAAUUAAAUUCCCCGCACAGUUAAUGGUCAUUCCAUUACCAUGGCAACGGAAGAUAAGAAGCCAGAGACUGACACGAAACCUCCAGUGGGGACGUCGGCAUCUUCCACUCAGAGCAAGUCAGCUCCUGCCAAGCCCAACUACGGACUGAAGUUUACACUAGCUGGCCACACUAAAGCCGUCUCGUCUGUCAAGUUCAGUCCCAGCGGAGAGUGGCUCGCCAGCUCCUCUGCUGAUAAACUGAUCAAAAUCUGGGGAGCUUAUGACGGGAAGUUUGAGAAAACCAUAUCUGGACACAAACUUGGCAUAUCCGAUGUGGCCUGGUCGUCUGACUCCAACCUCCUGGUUUCUGCGUCUGAUGAUAAGACCUUGAAGAUCUGGGACGUCAGCUCGGGAAAAUGCUUGAAGACCCUGAAAGGUCACAGCAACUACGUGUUCUGUUGUAAUUUCAACCCGCAAUCCAAUCUGAUCGUAUCGGGAUCGUUUGACGAGAGUGUUCGAAUAUGGGACGUGAAGACUGGGAAAUGUUUGAAAACAUUGCCCGCUCAUUCGGACCCCGUUUCUGCUGUCCAUUUCAACAGAGAUGGCUCCCUGAUCGUGUCCAGCAGCUACGAUGGUCUUUGCCGAAUUUGGGACACGGCAUCUGGGCAAUGCUUAAAAACACUCAUAGAUGACGACAACCCUCCUGUGUCAUUUGUCAAGUUUUCUCCCAACGGGAAAUACAUCCUGGCCGCCACACUUGAUAACACGCUGAAGCUGUGGGACUACAGCAAAGGAAAGUGCUUGAAGACAUAUACGGGCCAUAAAAAUGAGAAGUACUGCGUAUUUGCCAACUUCUCGGUCACAGGUGGAAAGUGGAUCGUGUCAGGCUCUGAGGACAAUAUGGUGUACAUUUGGAACCUCCAGACAAAGGAGAUCGUGCAGAAACUGCAGGGCCACACAGACGUGGUCAUUUCGACCGCCUGCCACCCGACUGAGAACAUCAUCGCAUCUGCGGCACUAGAAAAUGACAAAACCAUUAAACUUUGGAAAAGCGAUUGCUAAAGCCUGACAUUCAUAUAUCUUCUUUUUAGACACUUUUUUUCUAUUUUUUAUAAAUCAAGAGACUUUUUUUUUUUUUUUUUUUUUUUCCCCCCACUUGCGAAGUGGUGCUGGAUGCAGAGCUUCUGGCAACCAGUUAUGUGACUCCUUGCCCCCCAGAAUCUCCCGAAAAAUAUUAAUAUUGUUUGUUCUGCACUACAUGCAUAAUUAAUUCAUUUCAGAUGGUUUGAUGUCCUGUCGCCUCCCCUCGCACACACUGUUAUUUUGCAAAAUGGGUGACUUGUUUAAACAAUUUACUAACACAAUUUCCUCUGGUUCAGUAUUAUUGGACAGAACUUUUGACCUCAACACGUUUCAUAAGAAUUCGCUGUCUGUACAAUCAAAGAAAAGGUUACUACUUUGUCUGUGUUAUUGUUCAACAAUGUCAGGCUUGAUUUUGUUUUUCUAAUAAACAUGAUGCCCAUUGCA